AACAAGUUCUACCGGAGAAAACCGAAGCUCCCCCAAUGGUUCGUCUGAAAAAGGUAACAGUUCACUGUUUUCACUAUAUUCUUAUUCCUUGAUCGAGCAUUCUUCCUAUAAAUCAUCUGCUUUGUACCUGUGGUUAGAACAGGAUAUGCAACAACAUGUUCACUACGGUUCAGUUUCAGCGAUUGAUUUCAGCUUCCAAAGUCUGACAAAGAAGUCUAAAUCAAAGGCUGAGGCCAAGGUAGCCAAUGCCCUGAAACACAGAAUUGCUGAGAGGGAUCGAAGAAAGCGGAUCAGUCAACAGUUUGACAUGCUCCGAACCAUCCUACCGAACUUGAUCAAAAUGGACAAGGCAUCGGUGUUAGGCGAGACAGUGAGGCUGGUAAAGGAGCUGAAAAAGAGAGUAAGAGAAAUGAAAGGAGGUUGUAAUGGAAGCUUGGAGCGUGUGCUCCCUGGCGAGUCAAACAACUUGAGUUUGGGUUAUCAUCAAAAGGAUGGGAGUAUGGUGAAGGCAACAUUCAGUUGUGACGACAGGCCGGAGCUGAUACAUGAUCUCACACGAGAAAUUAGGAAGGCAAACGGGACGGUCGUGAGGGCGGAGAUGGUGUUUAUAGGGGGGAGGAAUAAAAGCGUGUUGUGGAUCAAAGGGUUAAGUGGAAAUGAAGGGAUAGGUAUGCUUAAGAGAGCUUUGAAAAUGGCGAUAGCUAGACCCAAGAAGAAAAUUGAGAAGCCUCGUGUCACUCUCUGAACAGUUAUUCACGUGUCAGAAUUAUGUACUUUAAAUACAAUCAUGAUUAUCGUUUCAAUUGAUUCAAAUCAUAG